CAGCUAUGGAUAGCUCUAUAGAAAUCCUAGAAGAGGUGCAAGUUACCGUUAAUGACAGAAAUAAUGUCUCUGUUGAACUGGAAGUGCUUUAUGAUGGCCAGGGUGAGCAGGUUGUUCAGCCGCCUUCAAAACCUGCUGAGCAAGAGCCUGCUCCCCAAGUUAAUCGUACUUCUUUGCGUCAGCAGCCGCGAAGACAGCGUCGUCCUGUCAAACAGUAUCACCAGCAGCAGCAAGAGCAGCAAGCUCAGGCUGCACAACAAAAAUUACAGAGACAGAGAGCGCGACAAGAGCAGCAAAAAGCUCAGCAACAACAGAAACUACUACAAAAGCAGGCCUUGCAGCAGCAGAAAAAACUACAACAAGCCCAACAGCGAGGGGUCAAGCGUAAAGAAAGUGAUGUUCAGUUAGUUGCAGAAGUCAAGGUGCAAAAGACAGUACGGGGAGAGGUUGGGGGUGCUGGAACAUUAAAGCAUCGAAAGCGGAUUCCUGAUAAAGACAUUGAGAUUAGAUUUGUUUGGGAUCCAGCCACGGUCAUUGCUGAGCGAGUGGGUGUAGAAGAAUGGGCAGCGCGCAAUACAAUCUCUAUGUUUGAUCAAGAAAACACACUUCCAUUUAUUGCAAGAUACAGGAAGGACAAAACUGGGAAUAUGGAAGUAGAAAAAUUGCGAGAGAUACAGAAUUGUUACUCACAGUUAAAACAUGUGCAGGAAAGGGUAGUCAAAAUUUUAAAGAAUGACAACAAAAAGUUACCAGAAGAGAGAAAAGCUUCUCUUUUAUGUGCUACAACCAUGCAUGAAGUAGAGCAUCUGACAGCAGCCUACAAAGGUAGCGGGAAGCGUACGUAUGCAGAGCGUGCUAGAGAACUCGGCUUGGAACCUCCUGCAUGGGAUGUCAUGCAAGGUACUCAGAACAAAUACGUCACUCGCCAGGAAUUAUAUUCCCUUGUUCAGCCAAACAAUGAGGGUCUGAGGACCAUCGAGGAGGUAGAACAAGGGCUUCAACACAUUAUUGCAGAUGUUAUUAGCAAAGACCCUCAGGUGUUAGAUUGUAUAAAACAUCUGAUGAAAGUAUGCAAGCCCUCCUUAGAAUGUACCAAAGCCAGAAAACAACAGAAGAAGGACCAAGGGAAGAUGGUGAACCGAGGCCCAGAAUCUAGUAACGACUUGUGCUUAAAAUAUGAACACUAUUUUAAUUACAAGGGUUCAGCAUGGCACACAAAGCCACAUGCUAUUUUGGCAAUGAAUAGAGGGGAACAUCAAGGAGUCUUAUCGGUAAAAAUACUCAUUCCAGAUGAGGCAUAUGUCCAUUUUUUUAAUUUUUGCCAACAGAAAUGGUUUGGCAACACUCCAGCACAUUUUUACAGAACACAAUUGGUCAUGAUGAGCGUGGAGGACAGUUGGGAGAGGCUGGUUAAACCGUUUAUGCAGAGGCAGAUUCGCAGUGAAUUAACUGAAAGGGCAGAAAUUGCAUCAGUUGAAGUAUUCGCUUCGAACCUACGGAAGCUUCUCUUGACGCCUCCUGUUCGAGGAAAGACUGUGUUAGCCAUUGAUCCAGGAUUUGCAAAUGGGUGCAAGAUAGGUGUUACAAAUCCUGUUGGUGAGAAACUCCUCACCACAACUAUAUAUCCAUUCCGAUCCAAUCAACGCAUGCAGGCAGAGGACUGGAGUAAUGACCACAAUGCCAGAACUUUAAAGGAAAUUGUCCAUAAGUUUGGGUGUGAAAUGUUUGCUGUCGGAAACGGGAAAGCGUGCCGUGAAAUGGAAGCAUACCUGACACGCCUUAUAGCCCAGAAGUGCUUUGAGCCUUACAAUGUCCAGUAUACCAUAAUCAACGAAACAGGAGUAUCUCAGUACUCAUGUGCUCCUGAGGCUCGCACAGAAUUCCCAGAUUUAGAUCCAGUUCACAUUAGUGCUGUUUCUCUAGCGCGAAGACUUCAGGAUCCUCUUCUUGAAUAUAUCAAAGUUCAUCCAAUGCACAUGGGUGUUGGUAUGUACCAGCAUGAUAUACCUGAAAGAAUACUUCACGCGUCCUUGGAUUCAGUCAUGACUGAAUGUGUGUCCUUUGUUGGUGUAGAUAUUAAUUGUGCUUCAGAGUUUGCCCUGAGAAAGCUGUCAGGUCUUAGUAAAGUUAGAGCUGCAAAUAUAAUUGAAUACCGUAAAACAAAAGGGCCGUUUAUUAAUCGAGAACAGCUGAAGUCUGUCAAAGGCAUUGGUCCCCGAACAUUCGAACAGUGUGCUGGUUUUAUAAGAAUAUUACCCGAGACAUUAGAAAUGGAAGUUAACAGAACACCACAGAAUAGAAAAAGAGCAGAAAAGGAAUCUCCCAACCCCCUUGAUCGGACAAUGAUUCAUCCAGAGUCUUACGAAGUUGCUAUAAAGUUUAUUAACGUAGUUGGGUUACGACCUCAAGAUAUAGGCUCAGAAGGUUUUAUAUGCUCAAUACGGCAGUUUAUGCAAGCCCAUGGUCUUGAAGCAUUAGCUGAACAGUGUGGAACAACCUUCGCUACUAUGCAGCUUAUAGUAGAGGGUCUAGCACAACCUUUAGACUACGAUAUUCGAGCCCAAUUUAAUAAACCUUUGUUCUGUAAAGGAAUCACUUCCAUUGAUGAUGAUCUAGGAACAAAACUCACUGGUACUGUAAGAAAUGUGACUCAUUUUGGAGCUUUUGUAGAUUGUGGUCUAGGAAAUGAUGGAUUAGUACACAUUUCUAAGAUGGGUCAUACAAGGUUAGAACUCGGAAAUGUUGUGGAAGUUUCGGUGAUAGCUGUUGAAAAAGAACGAAAUCGAAUAAGCCUCAUGUUGGAAAGGAUACUUAACUGAGCCUUGUUCUAUCUGUCCAUGGGUAUAGAUCAGGUGUUCUAUGAUAUUGUGUAUAUAUUUGGAGACCAUCUAGU